AUGACAUCAGACACACCCAUCAGGAGGGGGUCAGCACCACCCUCAGGGGGUCAGUAUGACAUCAGACACCCCGCUCAGGGGGUCAGUAUGACAUCAGACACCCCCCCUCAGGGGAUCAGUAUGACAUCAGCCACCCCUCAGGGGGUCAGUAUGACAUCAGACACCCCCCUCAGGGGGUCAGUACGACAUCAGACACCCCCCUCAGGGGGUCAGUACGACAUCAGACACCCCCCUCAGGGGGGGGUCAGUACGACAUCAGACACCCCCUCAGGGGGUCAGUAUGACAUCAGACACCCCCCUCAGGGGGUCAGUAUGCCAUCAGACAACCCCUCAGGGGGUCAGCACCCCCCUCGGGGUCAGUAUGACAUCAGACACCCCCCUCAGGGGGUCAGUAUGACAUCAGACACCCCCCUCAGGGGGUCAGUACGACAUCAGACACCCCCCUCAGGGGGUCAGUACGACAUCAGACACCCCCCUCAGGGGGUAAUGGAACCACUGAACUCUCCAUCAGACCCCAGUCCUAACUACCUACAGGUAAUGGAACCACUGAACUCUCCAUCAGACCCCAGUCCUAACUACCUACAGGUAAUGGAACCUCUGAACUCUCCAUCAGACCCCAGUCCUAACUACCUACAGGUAAUGGAACCUCUGAACUCUCCAUCAGACCCCAGUCCUAACUACCUACAGGUAAUGGAACCUCUGAACUCUCCAUCAGACCCCAGUCCUACCUACCUACAGGUGAUGGAACCUCUGCUCUUUUAG